AAGUCGACCAUGCCAGUAAAGCUUUCAAACACGUCAGAUCAUCAAAGAUGCGAAGAAAUGUUCAUUCAUUUGACUCCUAAAGGGGCAGUGGUACCAUACAGUCUUUGUAAAGAUGAGGAUGGAAACUACUGGGUGGCAGCAAAAGGAGGUUUAUUUAAAUUUAAUCAGCACGGUGAUAAAGUCCUUUUUGAGCGGAAAAACGAUUUUCCAAAAAAAAUUUCCGCUUACUGCCAAGUUUUGAAUCAUAAUAAGACGGUAAUAUUUUUUGUCUUCUUCUCAUCGUAUAACUUUAAACCUUAUUAUGUGGUUCACGCGUUUGCUGAGGACCAGCAAUGUUUAACCGAACUGAGGAUUUUUGACUUAGACGGUCAUAUACUGCAUGAACAAUUUAUUGACGGAAAAAUACAGAGCUUGGCUGUCACAAGUGAGGGAGAAGUAUUUUCAACAAAGCAAAUGCAAGGGGAAGAUUCAAUUAUAUCUAAAAUGAAUCUCGACUGUCCUCUAGGCUGGGAGGAAGUUAUUUCUGAGGAUGAAUAUGCUUUUCAAACGCUAUGCGUCUACGAUUCUAAUACUUUGGUUGUGUCCACGUGCUCAUUACCGAUCAAUAUGUACUCGAAGCAGUUUAUUCGAAUAAUUGACAUUCCAUCACGGAAAAUUGUCAGGACUUUCAGUUCAUCUGGUAAAAAAGAUGGCGAAGUUUAUUUUCCAAGAUCAAUCAAGAGGUACAAAGAUGGCAUACUGGUUCUUGACAAAACUGGUCGUAUACAGGAAUUCUCUUUAUCAGGGGAGUUUGUAAGGACUGCAGCGCAGAUCGAUGCUUACCUAGGAAACGGUUUUAUUGUGUCUGACGAAGAAGCUAUAAUUGCAUGUUCCGGCAUUGUGGUGAGCAAAGAGCAGGAGAGCAUAUGCGAUGACUGGAUUGAAAAGAUUGCAUUAGAUGGGAGCAAAUGGGUUCCGCGGCCAGUAAAAAUAGGUGAAAACGAGUCAUAA